UGCAUCGCUGCACUCGAUCUGCGAGUUGUGAUCUGUCAUCAGCUGUCAUCGUUACUGUCAAAAUGCCGUCUGCUCCUCGGAGUCAAUCAAAAAAAUCACAUUCCAGCGAAUGAGGUGUGAUUGUAUGAAUAAACUUAGUGUGAUUGUGCCUAAGAGAGACGGUAAUGAAGUUCAUCUUUAAUUAAUACAUCAUUCGAAUGACUAUGUUUUGCUGUUUGAGAAAUUGCUUCGACGGCCUCGGCCUGGCGACCACGCAAAUGCCAAAAAGAGAGCCAAACCCUAUCGCCCUGGACACAUCUCACAUGGAUGGGAGGUGCUCGGGCUUUCCAAAUUACAACCCCACGAUAGAAUCAGGAAAUCAGAAAUCUCUAAGCAACGAGUCAUUCAGAUGCGGUUAUUAAGGAUAUAAUGGGACACGAAGUAGUCAUUGUGAAAAAUGGAUUGAGAGUAUGUGGACGUGGCGCAGCUCUAACAAAUGCACCAUUGGCACAAAGCAAGAGUUAUUUCGAAGUAAAAAUCCAGCAAGGUGGUGUUUGGGCAGUUGGCCUGGCAACACAUUCCACAGAUCUGAACACUCCUAUCGGAGGAAGUGACCUUGAAAGUUGGGCACUCAAUUCCGAUGGCAUAAUACGCCAUAAUUCAGAGGAACUACACAAGAUCCAAAAUAUUGCCCAGGAGGGUGACAUAAUUGGCAUAUCCUAUGAUCAUAUAGAGUUGAACUUUUAUUUGAAUGGCAAACUACUGGAGGCGCCGGUUAUGGGAAUCAAAGGAACGAUAUAUCCUGUUCUUUACGUGGAUGAUGGAGCUAUUCUCGAUAUAAUACUAGAAGAAUUUGCACAUCCGCCACCCAAUGGCUUUGAAAAAAUAAUGGUGGAACAAUCGUUGCUCUAGCAAAUGCAUUCAGUGGAAUGAAGAAAGCUUUUAUGAACAAACACUAACACAAAUACGCUCACAUAGUAUUUUCUGAUCAAAGUAAACAUACAGCGGCUGUGAGUGUGAAAUAUCUAACUUCAUCUUACAUUCACCGAUGUAUUAUAUGUAUUAUGAUAAACAAUUAGCAUAAUAAUAUCAAUUACAACCAUUUGUCAAGACAA